UGGUCUUUAUGGUGUGGUAUUUAAGUUAUGUUUUGACGGAUUGGUGUCGAGUUCUUGUUUUUUAUGCCUAUACCUUAUCCCUGGCCUUAGGAGUCGUAAAAUCCGAGUCAGCUAAGACACUGGGCUCUCCAGUCUAUUAGAGGAGAGAGGAAACUACUGGGGUGUCAGCCACUUCUCCCUGUAAUUAAGUCCCAGCUUCUGUGUGACGAAACUUAAUAAUUAUUUAACAACUGAUAUAAAGUGAAGAAAAGACUAUAAAAUAAUACACAACUGUCUUACUUUCUAUUCGCCUUGAUGAGUUUUGGGCGGUGUUUUUGAAAUAGAAACUGGAUAUUCUUUCAGAAUAGUUUAUGGUGAAACAUUGCGGAAUUAAGGGGAACCAUCGCUGUGUAAUUAUUUACGUUUUAAUAAACAAGGACCCCGAUUGGCAGUGUAAUAAUUCUAAACACUUCCCCUGUUAUUGCCCGCACGUGAAACCUGAGUUUCACGAAGUCUCUGCAAUUUUUCCAAUGAAAAGAUUUUUUGUGGCAGAUAUUUUUUUCGAAAAGGAAUUUUGAGAGGAUCUUUAUCAUUUGGGAGGUUUCCUGUAAAAUUCAAGACUUUGUACAUAUGUACAGAAUUAUAUCUUAUCAUUCAGGAGUCUCUGCAAUAUAGUGCGUGAUAAAGUGUUUUUUUUUCUCUCCUGUGAAGAAAGAAAGGAGAGCUUAGAACAAUGUCUCAGAGUUACAUAGUUGUACAGAAUCAGGGUAGUGAGAUUGGAGAUGAGUUGAAUGCAGCCAAAAGGGAGGCAUUCUUCAAGGGUGGUGAAAAUGCGGGACCAAAGUUUGACCCCUCACAGCGUUUCGUGUCGGACAGAGAGAGGAUUCCCAGGGAGCCACAUGGUGGUCACACAUUGAAGGACGCCGAUGAAAGAGAGAAGGAUUACAGCAGAGAGAAGAAAUAUGGGGAGAGUACCAAAGAACUUGAUGGAUAUGUGGGAUUUGCCAACCUUCCAAACCAAGUGUACCGAAAAUCUGUCAAACGUGGAUUUGAAUUCACAUUAAUGGUUGUUGGUGAAUCUGGGCUCGGAAAGUCGACCCUCAUCAACUCUCUCUUCCUGACUGACCUAUACAGUGCUGAUUACCAGGGCCCCUCCCACAGGAUACAGAAAACCGUCAAGGUUGAAACCACACAAUGUCUUCUCAAAGAAAAUGGAGUACAGUUAAAUCUGACCACUGUAGAUACCCCAGGCUUUGGAGAUGCUGUGGACAAUAGUAACUGCUGGCAGCCAGUGAUAGAUUUCAUAGACAGUAAAUAUGAUGAAUAUUUAAAUGCUGAGUCCAGAGUGGUGCGGUCCCCCACCCCAGACACCAGAGUCCAUGCAUGCCUUUAUUUCAUCGCACCAACUGGUCACGGUCUGAAACCUUUAGAUGUAGAGUUUAUGAAGAGGCUACAUGACAAAGUGAACAUUAUACCUCUCAUCUCUAAAGCAGAUUCCCUUACCCCAGAUGAGUGCAGGGAAUUCAAGAAAACUAUUCUCAAUGAAAUUGCCCAACAUAAGAUUAAAAUCUACGAGUUUCCAGAGUGUGAUGAUGAGGAAGAAAAUAAAAUUCAGAAGAAACUAAGGGAUCGAGUUCCCUUUGCAGUCGUAGGCAGCAAUCGUGUUAUUGAAGCUGGUGGCAAGAAAGUCAGGGGGAGACAAUAUCCAUGGGGUUUAGUUGAAGUUGAAAAUUUGGAACACAAUGACUUCAUUGCCUUAAGGAACAUGAUAAUCAGGACGCAUAUGCAGGACUUGAAAGAUGUCACCAACAAUGUUCAUUACGAAAACUUCCGGUAUAACAAAUUAGCACCUUCUUCAACAGAUGGCAACAAAAUCAAACCUGGAUCACUAUCAAAGGACCCUCUAACACAAAUGGCAGAGGAGAAAAAAGAACAUGACAACAAGAUGAAGAAGAUGGAGGCUGAAAUGGAACAGGUGUUUGAGAUGAAAGUCCAAGAGAAGCAGGCCAAGCUCAAGGAAUCGGAGGCAGAUCUUCAGAGGCGAGCAGAACACAUGAAGAAAAGCUUAGAGCAGCAACAAAAAGAACUGGAAGAGAAGUGGAAAAUGUUUGAAAAAGAGAAACAGCAGUGGGAGGAGUCAGUGGGGGGCAGCAAGGGGUCACAAGAAAACAUCAAAGAUACAAAUAAAAAGAACAAAAAACACCUAUUUUAGCGGAAUAUUCACAGGAUCAGACAUUUCUCUGUAAAUUGACAGAACCGUAUUAGGUCUGUGCCAUAAUCCAGGAGAGGAAAAAAUAAGCUUGCCAGAAAAUAAACAACUGAACACUAUUAAGAAAUACCAACAGCCUUGAAAAAUAGUGAGGUCAUCCAAACAGCAGGCCAGUCAAGAAAUUCUCCCAAAGCACUGACCAAAGAAUCAUUCAUUGAACGUUCAGGCUUACUGCCAAAACAUCCCUGUGUUUGUAAUUGAUGUCAAAUACAAUUUUAAAAUAUUUUCACUUUUGUAAUGAAGCCACACAUACAAUAAUAUGUACAAAAAAAUUCCAGUUUUCUUUCUCUUUAUCAUGUUGAUUUGCCACAAUUCAGAACUAUAAAUGGUGAACACUUGUUUUUUUAAUGAAUUUUUUUUUUAUUUCUCUGUGAGAGUUCAUAGUUUCAUGUGUACAUGUUUAAAUCAUGUGUGUUAUUAAUAAAUGCAUGUUGUUGGUAGAAAUGCUGAAGUUUUGGUGCAAUUUGAAUACAUGAGAUCUGUAUCGUGUUGUAAAGUCAAUGUUUUUUUUCUGCUCUGUAACAUUUGACUGCUUCUCAAUGUUAGAAUUGUUUAGUACACAUAGCUGUUGGUCAUUUGAACGUUUUAUUUAAUAUUUUUUUUCGUUAAUUAAUUAAAGCAAAUAGAAGUUCACAAGUUUCUACAGCUUUGGUGAAAGUCUUUUUCUUGUUCAUUAAGAUGUGUGAAGUUAGUAGAUUUCUUAGAUGGGGAGGGACCAUUGAUUUAUAAAAUCCAACAUUUUCGGUAUAUCUAGUCAUAAUGGCCUUAGGAUUCUGUUUCCCUAGGUAUUACAAUAUCAUAUCAUCUGUGGUCACACAUAUACAUGUAGAAGUCCAACCUCCCUUACAUUUUGAAUGCAAUUCAGAAUUAUUGAUAUGGAUUUUUUUUUGUUUUUAAAUUUUUGAGGUUUUUUUGUAACAACAUAGCAUCAAGUUUCCUAGAUAAUGUUUGUCUUUUUCUUUUGAGCUUACACAGCAAUAUAGGUGUUUUGAAGCACCGCUCACAUGAAAAUAAACAACACUUCUAUGCAUGCAUUGCUACAGUACACUAACUUAUACAGGAUUAUAUCUAAUUGUUUAUUUCUCUUGCUCAUUCUGUAUGGAUGUAUCGGCAUGUAUUUGUGUACGAUUAUUUUAUACCAUAGUAAUUUAUUAUCGCCAUGGUACGUGUAAAGUCCAAGUGACACAUCUAUAUUCCAUUUAGUACAGUUUUUGUUAUAUUUUAGAAAAUUGACAAAAUAUCAAACCAACCAAUAUGUAUGAAUAUUAUAAGUUAUAAAUGUACAGUAUAUUCAAAGUUCAAAGAAUACAACGGAAUAAGCUGAAUUCUGUUUCUUCUUGAUGGGUCCUCUAACCAGAUACCAUUUUUUUCUUUUCUUUAGAAAAUCUUAAAGUUUGUAUUAAGGAUGAAUUGAAGUUUUUAAAAUUAUGUUUUGCUUAAAGAAAUGUUAUGUUUACAAGUGGGAGUAUUAAGUAAUCUCUUGUAAUUUGAUACAGCUUCAUUUUUCAUACACGUUAAGUUUGUCAUGCAUAUUUAUUAUUUUUUUUUAUAUAUACAAAUAUUUCAUCAAUACAUGAUCUUAGAAUUUACAAAAUGGAAACAAUAAAUGUUUUAUACAUGUAAA